AUGGCAGAAUCAGCAAGUGCAGAAAUUCAAGAAGAAUGGGAAGCAAACGGUGCAAGUGGAAAUGAAAGUCAAAAUGGAGAAGUUGAUACUGAAGCCAACUUGCUAGACAGAGCGUUGGCAAAUAACAUCGCACUAAUGCUAGAAAGCUCGGAGCCUCUCUUAUCAUCUAAAUGUUGUAUCUACAAGGUUCCAACUGAUCUUCGCAAAUUGAACGAAGAAGCUUACACUCCUGAGGUUAUAUCAAUAGGGCAUUUUCAUCGUGGCGAUGAAAGAUUGAAAACCAUGGAAAGGCUUAAAGUGACAUAUUUCAAAAUUUUUGUGAAAAAGGUUAAGCUAAAUGUGGAGAAUUUAGUAACCACUAUAAGGGCUAGGGAAGCAUGUAUUCGUCAUUGUUAUUCACAUACUAGCGGACUUAGCAGUGAUGAUUAUGUGAAAAUGAUUCUGCUGGAUGCGAGCUUCAUUAUUGUGGUUUUUCAUCUAUUCUAUGAUGAAGAAUGGAGGCGUUGCUACAACUUGACAACGUUUUCACUACGGUUGAUCGUUAUUGUAAUGAGGGACAUAUGCUUGCUUGAAAAUCAACUUCCUUUCUUUAUUAUUGAGGAAUUAUACAACCUUGCAUUUCCGUCUCACUUAAACUACCGUUCCUUCACUCAGCUUGCCUAUGGAAUAUUUGAAAUUUUGGUAAGAGAACUUUUUUCGCUUCAGAUUGAACCCACUAUGUCUCCUUAUCCCGAUUUUAAAAUAAUGCACUUUGCCGAUUUGUUAAGAACUUUUUCUCUGCCUCAAUCACAAAGGCCACAACAAAGAAAUCUUGGCGACCAAAUUAUACAUUUGUACAGUGCGAGUCAGUUGGACGAGGCAGGAGUGAAGUUUAAGGUGGGCUCAAGCAAAUGCUUAUUUGAUUUAAAAUUCACAAAUGGGGUGCUGGAAAUACCAUGCUUAAAAAUAGAUGAUGAUACUGAGUCUAUUUUUCGAAACCUCAUGGCCUUGGAGCAAUGUCACUAUGCGUUUGACCAUUAUAUUACUGAUUAUAUUUGCAUAUUGGAUUUCCUGAUAGACACUGACAAAGACGUGGAUUUACUUGUGCGAAACGGGAUCCUGGUUCAUACUUUAGGCAACAACAAUGCAGUGACCUCUUUUGUCAACAAGCUCUCGCAACGAAUUUGUUCUUCAGAAAUGAACUCCAAUUAUUCUUGUCUUUGUGAAAAAUUGAAUACAUUCUAUAAGGUUCGGUGCCAUCGUUGGAAGGCUACCUUGAGACGUGAUUAUUUCAAGACUCCCUGGAGAACUGCUUCUACCAUAGCUGCUAUUAUCUUGUUGCUGUUCACUUUCAUACAAACUAUAUGCUCUAUCAUCUCAUUAUAACGGCAAACAUGAAGUUUGUGUAAUUCUAAUUGUAUUGGAUUGCAUUGUGAUAACAUUUUAUUGUUCGAUUAUUUUUACUGGUU